AGCCCGCUGGGGCCAAGCCCAGGUGCCCCUUCUCGGACAUUUUCAACACCAGCGAGAACUCGAUGGAGAAGCACAUCAACACUUUUCUGCAGAACGUGCAGAUUCUGCUCGAGGCCGCCAGCUACCUGGAGCAAAUCGAGAAAGAAAACAAAAAGUGUGAACAUGGCUAUGCCUCAUCGUUCCCGUCCACGCCUGGCCCCCGGCUACAACAUUCGAAGCCCCCACGGAGGUUGAGCCGGGCCCAGAAACACAGCAGUGGGAGCAGCAAUACCAGCACUGCCAACAGGCGAGCUCAUCUGCGCCUAUGUUUAGAACGCUUAAAAGUUUUGAUUCCACUAGGACCAGACUGCACCAGGCACACAACGCUUGGUUUGCUCAACAAAGCCAAAGCACAUAUCAAGAAACUUGAAGAAGCUGAAAGAAAGAGCCAGCACCAGCUUGAGAACUUGGAACGAGAACAGAGAUUUUUAAAGCGACGACUAGAACAGCUGCAGGGUCCUCAAGAAAUGGAGCGAAUACGAAUGGACAGCAUUGGAUCGACUAUUUCUUCAGAUCGUUCUGAUUCAGAGCGAGAGGAGAUUGAAGUGGAUGUUGAAAGCACAGAGUUCUCCCAUGGAGAAGUGGACAAUAUAAGCACCACCAGCAUCAGUGAUAUUGAUGACCACAGCAGCCUGCAGAGUAUUGGGAGUGAUGAGGGUUACUCCAGUGCCAGUGUCAAACUUUCAUUCACUUCCUAGAACCCAGCAUGACAACAGUGCAGGGCAAAAUAUUCACUGGGCCAAUAUAAUACAGUCUCUUAAAUUGGGCUCAUGUUGCAGUCUCCUCUUUAAAGCUAAACAAAACUAUACUUGAACAAAAAGGUCAGAAGACCUGUAUUUACGCAAAUACUUAGCAAAAAGUGGGGUAGAGCCUCCCCAGCUGGAAAAUGUUCAUAUUGGAAAAAAAUUUAAUUCCUAAUGGCAUAAGCAAACAUGUGAAAUUACCUUGAUCUGAUUUAGUUGGUUUAAAAGAGGACAUUGGAGAGUCCAUCCUUUUUCUAGUUUGCUCAUACUAUAUUGAGUAGACACGUUAAAAGAUGGGGCUGUGAACCCUUCCUGAGCUUUAUGGCCCUAGAAACAAAAUCAAAACUACAGUGAGGAAGACAAGAUAAUCAGGCAGUAAAUUUGGGUAGCUAAAGACCUAUUAAAACUCAGCCUGGGACAACUCAUCACGAAGCCUGUGGAUGGAUGAUCGAUCCUCUUUUAAAAAACUCAUUUCAUGCUCUACAAAAGGAGAGACUGUGAAGCCUUUUGAGAGGGAUCAUCGUGCAGCUCAGCUUUCCGUUGGAUUCCAUGCUAAGCCAGCUGACCUUACCCCGCAUCGUUAGCACUAGGGCACCCGACCACCAGCUCACCAGCCCACUGCCCCUAGGCCACGAGGGCACUGCUGCAUGACGGCCUCUGCCACACAGGCCUUUGAGUACGGAUUGGGGGGCCAGAAGGAAAAAGCUCUACGUGCCCCUGUGUCUGCGUGAGUCAGAAGCACCAUGCACACAGAUUAGCAGGCCAAAGUCUGAGCCGUGGCAGCAUUUUUAUUUGAGAUUUUGAUAACUUUAUAUGUGUUGAAAACCAAAAUGACAUCUUUUUAAAGCUUGUCCAUAAGUAAACAUAGAUGUCUUUUAUAGUGGAAAAACAUUGGGAAAAAUCUAUUUUGAUGCAGCAUUUGAUAACACCUCUUUAUAGUGCACACAAGGAAUGAGGUCUGGGCUAGGUAGAGAAAGGUCAAUGCUGUUUUUGUUUUUAGAAUCAUUACCCUUGCCAGUUUUUAACCAUCUGAUAUCCAUAGUAGACACUAUUGUAAUUAACAUAGUUAAGUUCAGCACUUAUUUCAUUUUACUGUAAAGAUUUGCCUCAUUUUCUACAGUCUCGUCUCAGUCCCACUGUGCAGGUGCUAUUGUUGCUCUUCUAUUUUCAGAAAUAUUAUUUUCUCCUAAGUGAAAUUCCCAGCCUGCACUUUGAUGUCACAUGUUCCCACUGUCUUUCCAACGCCCAGGUUUCCCUCUGGUCCUCAAGCUUAUUAGCCCAGGAAGACUCCUGGAGACCUCCCCCUUUGGACUCUGUAUACUUUAAAUAAUUUAACUACCCUUAAUUACUUUUUAAAAAAAGCUUUAUGAUUUUCAUAACUUAUUGCUGAUUUUAAUGGGUUGUUAAUUUUGGUCCUGUAGUUUUAUGUUUAGAUAGGGCUGGGCAAGGAAAAAAAAAGAAAAUAAAGACAACCAUAUUUAGCAGUGCAGCCGAGUUGUGUGUUAAUGUUAGACACUCCUUUGUGAGCAGCAUUGUAACAGCAUUCAGUGCUUCUCUAUGUGAAGUGUACCACAUCAUACAUAAGGCCUGAGCACAUACAUACAUGUGUGUGUGUGU